AUGACUACCUCAGGCAAUGGCUGCCAAGGCAGAAAUCAUAUCUGCAUCACCUCCUGGAUCGAGAAGCUCCACCAGAAGAUAGGAGAUGCGUCGUCUGCGACCAGGAUGGGGUCUACAAAUGUCAAGAUUGUCUUGGGGAGCCACUCUAUUGCACUGGCUGUUGCAGAAGUCAACAUCUUUGCAAUCCCUUCCAUUGGAUCAGUCAAUGGAAUGGUCAAUUCUUUGAGCAAAGUUGUCUCGCUCACGUCGGACUCGUCAUACACCUCGGUCAUGAGGGCAAACAAUGUCCAGUACUUACGGAUAGGUGGGACUUGUUCGAAGAAGACGAACCUGGAAGACCAGCUUGAGCCUGAAGAUCUACCAUCUGUGUCGGGACCCGAGUUCCAGCCGAAGGAAAACACCAUGGUCAUCAUUGACAAGGUUCUCGAUGAUUUUCUAUUGGACAACCUUGAAUGUGGGACCUUCGGCGAUGAACUAUUACAGCAAGCUCCGUGGAGGCAGUUGAAGACGAUGAAAUGGCAUGGCUUCGGCCAUUGUUCCGACAGCCCGAAUGCAGGAGAUCUCGCAUUAUUUUGCCCGGCAUGUCCUCAGCCUGGGAUUAAUGUGUCCUUCUCAGGGGAUGAAUCACUUGAUGAGUGGAAAUACACCCGGUCAUUUGUUAUGGACGGAAAUUUCAAAGCUGAACACCUGCAUCCCAUGAAGCCAUUUGAUGAAGUUUGGCUGUCAGAUGGGUUGGGAUUCAUGGUGGGAAAGGACAGGUAUAACACGCAUCUUGCAGAGGCUGCCGACACUUUAGAAAAAUCAAGCUGCAACAAUCACCGGGCAGUAAAUCAAGCAAAUGCGGCUCGGCACAAGCUGGAAUCCACGGGCAUCGGGGGAGUAGCCUGUGCGAGACACAGACAAAUGAACAUGGACUAUGCCCUUUGUGAGGCUGCCCGGCACAACAUGGAAGGCAUCACCAGGGCGGUCACCUUCUAUGAUAUCAACUGUCAAUACAACAAGCACUUUCGGGUUCGGGUGGAUCGAAGCCGAUUUCUCGAAAUGAUUCCGGAAUUGACCAUCAUUCCCGGAAUCGGGUUGUGGCACAUCCACGGACAUCAGGACAGCUGCUAUGUCCGAUAUGCGUCGAAUUUUAUUGAAGGCAUCGGUCGGAUUGAUGGAGAGAUCAUGGAGACCCUAUGGUCACGUCUCAACCUGAUUUCCCCUGCUGCUCGGGGAAUGUCAUCCCCGCAUCGAAAGGAAUGUCUCGAUUAUCAGAUGAAUGAUUCCAAUUUCUGCAAGAUGAUCCGCAUGAAAAGGACCCUUUGCCAAAAAUACAAGCAGGCGAAGAAUGGCAUUGCCGAAAGUGAAAAGGCUUUCGACAUACUCAAUGAAGCAGCACCCGGCGAUUCAAAGACAGAGUGGCUAGCCAGCGAGAGGAUCGCUCAGUCCAGCAGAAUAAAUAAUCCUGCGGCUAUGGAUGUAUAUGAGAUUAAUAUCAAGAAGGGUUAG